GGCCGGGCUGGAGGAGGAGGAGGAGGCGGCGGCGGCAAAGUCCCGGGCAAACGUCGGAAGCCGCCGCCGCCGCCCGAGGGCUGUGCUCGAGCUUGAGUGUGAACCUGGGCCGGGCGGGAGCCGCCUGUGGCUGCCAGGUGAGCGGCGGCGGCGGCGGCGGCGGGGCACCGGCUCCGGGGCUGCAGCCUCCGCGGGUCCGCACCGGGGGGAGCCUGGAGGAGCUUGGAGGAGCCCGCGCCGCCGCCUCCUCGUCCUGUGUUCUCUCCGGGAAGAGGGUUCUUCCCCUCAUGCUGACAGGGGCUGGUCAUGGCACCGAAGGUGAAUAGGAAAACUGUAAAGAAAAAGAAAACGGAAGAGCCUGAGUUGGAACCCCUUUGCUGCUGUGAAUACAUAGAUCAAAAUGGGGAAAAGAACCAUCUGGUUGCUAGUUUUUGUGAUUGUCAAGAUCUUGAUGAAGGUUGUGAAAGGUGGAUUACAUGUAAAUCCUUGCACCCAGAGACUUUUGAGAGAAUCAUGGACACAAUCUCGGAUCGUUUCCGAAUUCCCUGGCUUAGGGGAGCCAAAAAGGUCAACAUUACCAUUAUCCCACCACUUAUCCUCCUGCCACUUUUUCUCCAUGUAGCUUCUUGGCAUCUUCUGUUGGGCAUUAUCAUCUUGACCUCCCUUCCUGCCCUGGCAUUGGGGUAUUACUACCUCACCCACAAGAGGAAAGACCGGACCCUGUUUUUUCUGAGCUUGGGGCUGUUCUCUUUGGGCUACAUGUACUAUGUGUUCCUUAAAGAAGUGGCCCCCAAAGGCCGGGUGGGACACGGGCAGCUGGUUAUUCUCACUUGUGGAUUAUUUCUGAUACUCAUAGCCCUAGGUCAAGCCAAGAAGAAUCCUGGCUACCUCAAAAAUCCACUACAAAAUGGCAGCCUUCCAAACAACAGCCCAGUUGAGUUAUUAAACAGGAAAGGGCAGGAGAAAGUAAAAGGAUUUUCUGGAGAUUCGCUGGGCAGUGUCAACAACAGAAUGGUAAAGGAUGACCCUAAGAGCUAUUCUAGGACAUUAGUUGAGAGCCCCAACAAGGUGAAGGAAGACUGGUGUGCCAAGUGCCAAUUGGUGAGACCAGCCCGGGCGUGGCAUUGCCGGAUAUGUGGAGUGUGUGUGAGAAGAAUGGAUCAUCAUUGCAUCUGGAUCAAUAGCUGUGUUGGAGAAUCCAAUCAUCAAGCAUUCAUCCUUGCACUGUCAAUCUUCUUAGUCACCUCUGUGUAUGGGAUCACACUGGCCUUGGACACCAUCUGUAGAGACAGGAGCAUCUUCAUAGCUCUUUUCUACUGCCCAGGAGUUUAUGCAAACUACAGCUCUGCUCUCUCCUUUACCUGUGUAUGGUACUCUGUGAUCAUAACAGCAGGCAUGGCCUAUAUUUUCCUGAUCCAACUGAUAAACAUCAGUUACAAUGUGACUGAGAGGGAGGUUCAGCAGGCCCUUCGAGAGAAGACUGGGCGCCGGCUCCUAUGUGGGCUGAUCGUGGACACGGGCCAGUAUAACCGGGGCUUCCUACGGAACUGGCAUCAGUUUGCAAGCCUGGGCGCACGCACACUCCACCCCCCUGCAGAGGACAUUGUCUGAAAUGCCUUCUGUGCUGAUCUCGGCAGGGGACUGUGCCUCGGGGAUCGCACUUCCAUUUAACCCUUUGGUGUCCUUUGCAGGCUUCUCAUUCUAACACCAAUUUCUUAAAAGGCACUACAAGGCCGAGCUCAGGUUUUUGAGACUGUAACAGAAAGAAGCUAACUAUCUUCCCGACCUCACAGUUUAGAGAUUUUUGUAUUCAAAUAGUGAAAGUAGAGCCAUUCAUUUCUGAACACCUCCCUAAUGAAUUCAUCACCGGGAGCUGAAAAGGAUAGAGAUUGAGAAGUGCAGACUGACAAGAGAAGUAAUUUUUCACUCGGUAAAAUGAAAACUGCUUCACAAUCCGGGAGUGAUGGAUUUGAAAAAUCUAAGGGGUGGGUGGGUGGAGGAUGCUUUUAUAUAAUGAAUAUGCAAGUAUUUAUUUGCAUAGGCACAAUGAAGUUAAGAAGUGACCACUGGUUUUCACAUUUCUGGGUGGAAAGUGAUUUGCAAAUGUAUCUCCUGGUAUUCCAGAUAGCACAGUUUUCUAAGGAUAAUUAUAUGGUAAUUGUCACUUUAUAAAGUACAAGGUAUUAAGAAGCAGAGUAGAAACUUAGAUGAACCAGUAGCCUAAUCUAAUGCUACACAUCUAAUCGUGAAGGAAGGACAAUCAAAUAUAAUUAUAAAGACAAUUGUUACAGUCAAUAUUGUGUAUAGCAGUAAUUUUUAAGUCUAGAUGCAGAACCUUGUGUGAGUGUGUAUAUGUGUGUGUGUGUGUGUGUGUGUGUGUGUGUCUGUGAGGGUAUGUAUAUUUUUCUACCUAAGGAUGUAUCUAUUCAAUAUAAGUAAUACCAGUAGGAAUUCACGUUUUCCAUGGUUCACCUGGUAAGGUGUUGGUAUAAGAUUGUGAUGAUUUCCACAAAAGGAGAAUCACUUCUGCCUUUGUGGGAGUGACUAAUACCAAGGGCUUAAUUUUUUUUUUCCAUCUAAGUAUUUUAAAAAGUUAACAGUUUCUAGCAGUACGUUGUUGCAGAACCCAUGUUUUAAUAUUCCACCUUUUAUUCCUGCAUGAACUCUCCUUUUGGGAAGUUAGUUGGUAUCUCUUCCCAUUCCACUUAUAUGUUGUUUUCCAUUUACCCUUUUUACAUCUUCUCAGUUUCUAGAGAAGAGAAAAAAAACCAGGGUAUAUACUGUUUCCUCUAAUUAAUGAAUUACUCCUCUUUCCUAGUUGUUUUCCAAAAUGCCACUAAAUUGUGUAUUCUUACUUGCAGUUCAGAAAAUUAAGAUAGUUCAAAGAAAUAGCAUUUCUGCACAAAGGAUUAUUCAGUCUUAGACAUAUGAUGUAGAAAUAAGACGAUUCAGUUUGGGGGAGGGAGUAACACCCUUGAUGUCAUGGAUACAACCUUUUGUAAGCCCAAAGAUAACCAGUAACUCCUUAAAGAUGACUUUGUUUACAGCCAGUAAAGGGAAAAUACUGCCACCUUUUUUAGUCUUUCUAUGAAUGUUACUUUAGAGAGUUUUUAUUAUAUCUCCAUAAACUGUACAUAAUUCAGAAAUGUCAGUACUUCCUAUAACUUUCAUUUGCAACUAUUUCUAUCCCUGGUCUCUUGGUGUUAGCUGACAGUUUUUAGCUCAUUAGAACAACCAGAUUUCACACAGGCCUGUAACUUGACUCCCAGUGAGAAAUUGCUUCCUGUGGCAACUGACUGUGGUUGUUUAUUUAACAGUGGUAAAACAGGAGUCCCAUUGGGAUAAGUACAGGAAGGCAGCAUUGGGGAACACAGCUAGAGCCGUACUUCUCAAAUACAUAGUCGCUCCCUUGGUCAAGUGUUCCAAGAAGGGAAAAGAUAUUUUAUAAUCUUAGAAACUUGUAAGAUUUAAGGCCAGUUAUUCUUGUCUCUAUAAUUUUUUUGAUAAAGAAAAAGGGAUUUUGUUAUUUACCCCUUCCCCUGAGUGCCAGAUGUAUGGUGAUGUACUUUAUUUUAGGCCAUGAAUUUUAUUUUCUUACUAGUUAUCUCACUGGAACUGUUGACUACAAGUGGAAUAAUGGGCAAGUUUUCCCUAAUCCUUAUUACCUUCACCAUACACUUGUGAAGGUGAAAAUAAACUGCAAAAUGACCAAAGACAGGUAUGAUUCAAGAGGUAUGCAUCAAUCCAUAGGACUGGAUAACCAGCACCCAAAUGUUUAAAAAUAUGUUUGUAACUCCUUGGCUAUAAAGGAGCCAACCUUACAGGCUCCACUUGGGAAGGAGCCGAUUCCUUGGUGUCACUCUGUCUUUCUUAUUGUCAUUCAGUAAGUAGAUGUGUGACGUUUCCCUUCCCAUAAAAGCAUCAUUUAUUGGUGUUGGAGCCUUUGGGAAUUUUGGAUCAGCAAUUUCCAAAAGAAGUGAAAAAUGUAAAAAUCUAUUCAAGGUUGAGUUAGAAUGGGUGAAAUACUAACAUGUUGACAGUCUAUAUAUUUCAGUUUUAAUCAGCCAUUCAGGAGGGUGUCCAUUAAUUUGUAGACAGGGGCCUUGGCAUAUCCAGGGGUUCCUUUUUGGUCUAGAGCUGUAUAUAGGGAAUUUUCUGUUCUAGGUUUAGAUGAGAAGUUCUUCUAUAAUAGUUUCCUAAGUGUAUUCUUUUCAGCAACCCUGUGAACCAAGUAGCUCCUAUCAGUAGUUGUAAUCCCAUUUUAUAGAUGGGGAUACUGGGACUCUUUGAGGUUGUGACUUGCCUACAGCCACUCAGCUGAAGCUGGAACAAGUCUGUGAUGGAGCCAGGAUUUGAAACCACGUCUUUCAACAUCCAGUGCCCUUUCCACUGUACAACACUGCCUCUCACCACCAUAAUGACCUACGGUGAAUUGCAGAAAUUGAGAAGACCACAUGACGUAAAAAUGAACUUUGGUGCCUCUUCAUAGUCUUAUCAGGAUCCCAUAGAGUGGGUCCUAGGGGGAAGUCCACUUACUCCAGGGCACUCUAGACUGAGCCAUUCAGGUGUUGGGUCUCCCUUCUCGUUCAAGACUAGAAGAGGUCACGUCUUGCUUUGGGCCAGAACUACAACCAGUGGAAAUUCCCAUGAUCCAGUGAUUAUAAGCAAUAGGUAUGAAGCAUAAUAAAUUAUUUCCUUUCCUUUAACUCUUAAGGAAAAAUCAUGCCAUCUAGUUGUGCUCCUGCAAAUCUCAUUUAGUCAUGCUGCAGUCCCAGGGAAAGAAGGGAAAAACAGAAUCAACUGGAAAGAUUCUAAGAAAGGAUUUAGUAAAGGACUGUGAGAAGAGUAAUGCCCAAUUAGAUACAGAAAAAGUGAUGCAGAGGAAGCACUUUGUUAAGGGCCUGCUCUGAUGUGCAUGAUUACCAACAUAAUGUCUUUCAGUUUUCUGAGGAUCCUUGAUGAGAAAUAUGACUAUGGGUGUGUUUAUUAGGGUUAUUUUGCCUUUAAUUAUGCUGGUUGUGUUUCCUUAAUUGUGUAUUUGUAUUUUUUUUUGUACAAAAUCAAAUGUUUUAUAAAUCUGGAUCCCACCUGCCAAUAAUUUGGUGAACUUCACGAACACAAUUUGAUUUCUCCUGCCAUACUAUGUAACAGUGGUGCUUUCUCGUUCUGAUCUGUUUAUGGUCUCUUGGACCAACUGCAAAAAAAAAAAAUUUUUUUUUU